AUGAUUGAAGAACGGUCAUAUCAGCCAGGGAGCCUCUGGUUCUAUGCACCGAAUAAGGGUGCUCCGAUAGCCUUCGCCAUCCUCUUCGCCAUCUCGGGUGCAGUUCACUUCUAUCAGACCUUCCGCUACAAGUCAUGGAAAGUGACUGGCCUGCUGCCAUGGUCGGCGCUUCUAUUCACGGCCGGAUUUGUCAUGCGCACCCUUGGAGCCUUCGGCCAAUGGGGUAAUAUUGGUGUUUAUAUCGCGAGCACUGUUCUACUUCUGGCUGCACCCCCUGUCUAUGAGACAUCAAAUUACUUUAUUCUCGGUCGCAUGCUCUAUUAUAUCCCAUAUCACUCACCCAUUCACCCUGGUCGUGUGUUUACAACCUUCAUUGCCUUAGCUGUGGCUAUCGAAGCUAUCACCGCCAAUGGAGCUGUUCGAGUCGCAAGUGCUGAUUCCACAGUGAGUGAACAAAACACCGGCAAAGCACUGCUCAAGGCGGCACUCAUCAUGCAGAUUGCCUUGAUGGUGGGCUUUGUGGCACUCGCUGGACGAUUCCACUUCAACUGCUCGAAGGGGGGUGUUCUGAACAAGAAGAUCAAGCGCACUCUGAUCGUUCUUUACACUAGCUGCACUCUCAUCAUCGUUCGAACCAUUUAUCGCACCGUCGAGUAUUUCACCGCAGCGAGCCUGAACGCCUACACCGAUAUUCAGCACAUUAGUCCCGUUCUCAAGCAAGAAUGGUUCUUCUGGUUUUUUGAGGCGGUCUUCAUGUAUAGCAAUACCACUCUGCUCAAUGUGUUUCAUCCUAUGCAGGUGCUUCCGCGCUCAAACAAGGUAUAUUUGGCCACAGAUGGUGUGACUGAAAUUGAGGGUCCGGGUUACGAUGACCCUCGGCCCAAACUUGUUACUAUCAUUGAUCCUUUUGAUAUUUACGGUUUGAUUACGAAACGCGGCAAGAAGGAGAAGUAUUGGGAGCCGGGGGCUACUCAGCAUGUCACGCAGUCUCACACCGCACAAGACAUAUAA